ACGACCUUUGGAUAAUUCUCCUGUGCCUUUCGUUAUCCAAUUCGCGCUUUUAAGUAAGUUAUACCUUUCUAACUGGUAUCUCAAAAAAAGUACGUAUUCUUAUUCCAUGUUAGUCACUCAGAUAACAGAAAAAUCGUACGUAUGGCAUCUCAUGUUCUUCCCUCAAUCACAACCAUACUUCACUUGCCAAUGCUCUUGGUUAGCACAUUUAGUAUUAAUACUAAACCCCUACUUAUCAAUAAAACGCACAAUGUAGUCAUAUCAGUCUUUCCUUUUUUGAUGGCAUAUUUGUCAAGAUUUGGUCAAUUAAUUCCAAUGAUCGAACUCGUCCUUCAAAUGAUAAGGCUUGCUUGCUGUACCAUACGCCUCGUUAGAGUUGCUUCUUCAUCAAAAGUUAAGGGAGUAUAACAGUAUGUUUCGUUCCCUCUAUAUUAGGCAUUCAAGACAUUAUAUUUCUU